AUGGCGCCUCGUGUUAAAAGUGUCGCCAUUAUCGGCGCUGGCCCGGCCGGUGCAAUCGCUGUCGAUGCCUUUGCUCAGGAACAGGCUUUUGACCGAAUCAGAGUAUUCGAGAGAAGGGAGAAGGCUGGUGGUUGCUGGCUGUACGAUGAGGAAGAGCCAGCCCCAUUGAGAGAUUUUGAUGCCCUCGCGGCGCGGACUGCGGAUCAGCCCGCCGCAGCACCAGGAGAGCUACCUGGAUACUUUCGACGGUCGGAGCAACAUCGGUUUGAUGAUACUCCAGUGUAUCCCGCCCUAGAAGCGAACAUUGAUGCGGACAUUAUGCGCUUCUCGCAGGAGCCCAUUCCAGAGGUUCGAAGCGCUGCCUCCAUCAGACUUCAUGGGCCCGAUACCCCGUUUCGACAUCACACCGUCAUCCAAAAGUACAUUGAGUCACUGGUAACUCGCAAGGGUUAUAGCCGGCUCGUCGAGUAUAACACGACCGUGGAGAACGCUGAGAAGCGAAGCGAAGAGGGCGCAAACAAGUGGGUGUUGACGCUGCGAAAGCAGACUCCCGGCCUGGAAAAGGACUACUGGUGGCAAGAGGCAUUUGAUGCAGUUGUUGUUGCUACCGGUCACUACUCGGUGCCAUAUAUCCCACACAUCAAGGGCCUCAGCGAGUUUGCAGCUGCGGCACCAGGAAGCGUCAUUCACACCAAAGCUUUUCGACAUCCGGAAGCGUACCGGGGCAAGACGGUGAUUACAGUCGGCGCAUCGGUAUCAGGAGCCGACACAGCAGUGAGCCUGGUUGGCAUCGCCAAGGGCCCAAUUUAUGCCGUCGUUCGCGGCAAUUACAAUGGAUACUUUGGCGAUGAAGCAUUCAAACAUCCCCAGAUCCAACGAAAGCCACCCAUCUCUCGGAUUGAGGGGACUGGUAGUCGGCGAACGGUGCACUUUGAGGACGGCACAACGGUCGCCGAUGUCGACCAUAUUAUACUUGGGACAGGGUACACCUGGACGCUGCCCUUUCUACCCACCGUGCCUACUCGCAAUAAUCGGGUUCCCGAUCUCUACCUACACAUCUUCCAUCAGUCUGACCCCACAUUGGCCUUUAUCGGCGCGGUUGCUGCUGGGUUCACGUUCAAAGUCUUUGAGUGGCAAGCCGUCCUUGCUGCGCGUGUGUUUGCUGGCAAAGCGCAAUUACCACCGCUUGAGGAGCAGAAAGACUGGGAAGCGAAGAGGAUAGCAGCAAGAGGCGAUGGGACAAAGUUCACGCUGAUCAGCCCAGAUUUCGAGAAGUACUUUGAGCUGUUACGGGAACUAGCGACAGAGCCAAAAGAAGGCGAGCCUGGUCGACGCCUGCCGAAAUUCGACCCGGCAUGGGUGAAGAGAUUCGCUGCGAGCCACCAGAGGCGCAUCCGCAUGUGGAAACGAGCGAAUGAGAAGGCAGCUAAGGGCCUGGAACGCGAGAGAACAUCAAAGCUGUAG